UAUAAAGAGGGGAUUACUAAAGGCCAGAACAUCCAUGAUCAUGGAUGGGGUGAGGAUGUAUGUCGUCUUUGGGGUUAUCUUGUUGGUGUUGGUUACAGUUACCUCCGGACUGUCACCACCAAAGAUUAUUUCCAACGAAGACGAGUUUAUCCUGAAGCCAAACUCCAUGUUCAACAUAAGCUGCACCGGUAAAAGAAAUGUGGUUUGGCAAGAACCCCUGCCCAAAAACGUCUUCGUUUAUCCAGGAUACUACACGGCGACGCUCUUUAUUGACAACGCAACUGUUGAAAACACUGGCUAUUAUAUGUGCACGUUUGAAACCCCGGAGGGUGAUGUGGAGGAUGAAUUGGAAGACGAGAAUGAGGCCGGGAUAUAUGUCUUUGUUCCAGAUCCCCUGGUUCCAUUUGUUCCUGAGUCUCCUGAAAACUUGGUUGUACCCAUGGACAAUACUGGAGUCCCCAUCUCCUGCCGUGUGUCUGACCCCUACUCUCACGUCAUCCUGAGGAGUGUCCCCAGUGGACGGGAUAUACCUGCAUUCUACGACAACAAGAUGGGCUUCUUCCAAAGCCUCUCCCCUGGGCAGUAUCAGUGUGAAACUAUUGUGAAUGGCCAGACAGUCACAAGUGUUAUUUACACUGUAGAGGACAAGGUCUCAGCAGAGGUGGAGGACUUCGAUGUUGAUGUAAAAGCCAGCGAGGAGACAGUGAGAGCGGGGCAGCCUUUCAACAUCACCUGCACCGCUCCUGCUGGACUGGGCUUUCAGCAGCAGUGGCUCCAUCUUAAAAAACAGGCUCUGGAUGCUGUUCAGAUGAAACAGACUCUUCCUGACCGGGUCAUCUACACCCUCAAUUUCCCACAAGCCACCUCUCAGGACAGUGGCACCUACGAGUGCUCCAUCACCCACGAAAUCAGUAGAGAGGUCAGAGUCGGCAGGGUGGCCAUCACCGUCUUCGAGGAGAACUCCUUUGUGGCACUGGACCACAGUGGGAUUCAACCAAUGGAGCUUGUAAGCCUUUUGGAGGAGACAGAGUUUACCAUCCUCAUUAACGCCUAUCCAGCCCCAAAAGUGACAUGGCUGAAGGACGGCAAAGCCAUACCAGAGAACUACUACCUCCUCACCAAAACUAGCCAAAUUGAAGGGAAUAGGUAUCAAAGCAUUCUAACAUUACGGCAACCUCUGGAGAAAGACAACGGGAAUUAUACCAUCACAGCUGUCAGUGGCUCUCGCAUUGCUCGGUUCUCCUUCACCCUCAAAGUGAAAGCCUCCACCUCAGGCAUGUUCACACCAUCCUCGGCCCCUGUGCUGCUGCCUCACGAAGAGGAGAUGGUGGUUCCCCUCCACACUGCUUUCACCUUGACCUGUCGGGGAGAGGCAAAACUAGCCUGGGAGACGCCGUUCGAUGUUCCUGAGCAAACGCAGGAGGACAGCAGUGGCCUGUUUGUCACCACCAUCACUGUGGACGCUGCCACUGCGAUGCACACUGGCUUCUACACAUGCUUUUACAGUAGAAAUACCACCGAGGAGACCGAGGACAGCAGCAUCUACAUCUAUGUGCCAGAUCCAGAUGUUCCCUUUGUUCCAUCACCGGUGCCUUUCGGCAAUCAUGUUCUGUCCGACCGCGGGGAGAUGGAGAUCCAGUGUCGAGUGUCUGAUCCCAGUGCUAAUGUGACCCUGAUUAAUGUUGACAGACAGGAGCCUGUGCCUAGUGUUUAUGACAGCAAGAGGGGCGCUCUGGGCGUAUUCACUGCAGGAACCUAUGUUUGCAAGGCCCUCAUAAAUGGAGAGGAACACAACAGUGGGGAAUACAUCGUCCAUGGGUGGGCAGGUGGCGGAGCGCUGCAUGUUGAGCUAACAGCCAAAAGGACUGCCCUGUUGGUGGGAGAUUCCAUCACAGUCAACUGUCUGGCUCGGGGAUCUGAAAUUCUGGAAGACCACUGGAAAUACCCUGGCAAACUGGCUGAUCGUGCUAUCAAGACAGUGCACGAGAAUAAGAGAGAUCAGGAAAUCCUUUACACCCUGACGAUCCCGCAUGCCUCAGCCAAAGACAGUGGCAUCUAUGCUUGUUCCAUCACUGAUGUUGUCAGUAAUGAGAGCCAGACAAAGCAACUUGUUGUCACAGUUUAUGAAAACGAGUUCAUGUACUUUCGGCCGGAGUUCAGCGUCCGUGAAUCAGCAGAGCUGGAUGAGGUUCGGGAGUUCAGGGCCGAAAUCGACUCCUUCCCCAGUGCACGUGUCACUUGGCUCAAAGACGGCCUCCCACUCAGCUAUGUGACAGCUGAGAUCUCCUCCAGCCUCCGACAGCUUAGCGAGACCAGGUACCUGAGUGUUCUUACCCUUAUCCGUGCAAAGGAGGAGGACAGCGGGAACUACACAAUGCGAGUGGAGAAUGGAAACCAAAGUCGCAGUGUCAGCUUUAUCCUGCAAGUCAAAGUGCCUGCAGUCAUUGUGGACCUGAUGGACAUCCACCAUGGCUCAGCCACAGGCCAGUCUGUAGUAUGUAUUGUAGGAGGGCAACCCACUCCUGAAGUGGAAUGGUUCGUCUGCAAGAACAUCAAACAUUGUGCCAACGACUCAUCUUACUGGAUGCCACUUCCUGCAAACUCCACGGAGAUUACAAUCGACUCGCACAUCGACGAGGACAACAACCUGGAGAGCCAGGUCAUGUUUGGCCAUCUGGAAAACACACUGGCGGUGCGCUGUUUGGCCAGGAAUGAAAUGGCUGCCGUCAGCAGGGAAGUCAAACUGGUGUCCAACGGCCCUCACCCAGAGCUGACUGUAGCUGCUGCUGUGCUGGUGCUCCUGGUCAUUGUCAUCAUCUCACUCAUUGUCUUGGUUGUUAUCUGGAAACAGAAACCAAGAUAUGAGAUCCGCUGGAGGGUAAUAGAGUCUGUGAGCCCAGACGGCCAUGAGUACAUCUAUGUGGAUCCCAUGCAGCUUCCAUAUGAUUCCAGAUGGGAGUUCCCCCGUGACAGACUUGUGCUUGGUCGCAUCCUGGGUUCUGGAGCCUUUGGUAAGGUUGUAGAGGGCACCGCGUAUGGACUCAGCCGUUCCCAACCAGUCAUGAAGGUGGCAGUGAAAAUGCUGAAACCCACAGCACGCUCCAGUGAGAAACAGGCCCUGAUGUCAGAACUGAAGAUCAUGACUCAUCUUGGACCGCACCUCAAUAUUGUUAACCUGCUGGGAGCGUGCACCAAGUCAGGCCCUAUCUACAUUAUCACUGAGUACUGCUUCUACGGAGACCUGGUUAACUACCUGCACAAGAACAGGGAAAACUUCCUCAGCCUGAACCCAGAAAAAACUAAAAAAGAGAUGGAUAUCUUUGGGAUCAACCCCGCAGAUGAGAGCAGCAGGAGUUAUGUGAUCCUGUCCUUCGAGAGCAAAGGAGACUACAUGGACAUGAAGCAGGCUGAUAACACUCAAUAUGUCCCCAUGCUUGAGAUGAACAAUACCUCCAAGUACUCAGACAUCCAAAUGUCUAACUACGACCACCCACCUUCUCAAAAAGACUCCAAUGAGGGCGAGAUGGACAACCUGCUGUCAGACGAAAAAAAUGAGGGCCUCACCACCACCGACCUGCUCAGCUUUACCUACCAGGUGGCCAAAGGCAUGGAGUUUCUGGCUUCCAAAAAUUGUGUGCACAGGGACCUUGCAGCCAGGAAUGUCCUCCUCUCUCAAGGCAAGAUAGUGAAGAUCUGUGACUUUGGACUGGCAAGAGACAUCAUGCAUGACAACAAUUAUGUCUCCAAAGGGAGCACUUUCCUGCCAGUGAAGUGGAUGGCACCAGAGAGUAUUUUUGACAAUAUGUACACUACUCUCAGUGAUGUCUGGUCCUACGGCAUCCUUCUCUGGGAGAUAUUCUCCUUAGGUGGUACCCCAUACCCCGGGAUGGUUGUGGACUCAAGCUUUUACAACAAGAUCAAAAGUGGAUAUAGGAUGUCCAAACCAGAACAUGCACCUGAUGACGUGUAUGAGAUGAUGAUGAAGUGCUGGAACAGUGAGCCAGAGAAGAGGCCUUGUUUCCUGGGUCUGAGUGACACUGUAGCUUCGUUGCUGCCCUCCAGCUACAAGAGGCAUUACGAGAAAGUCAAUCACGAGUUCCUGAAAAGUGACCACCCCGCCGUGACUCGGGUGUGCCUGGAAAAUGACGACGCCUACAUCGGCAUCACCUACAAGAACCAGGGCAAGCUGAAGGACAGGGAAAGCGGAUUUGACGAGCAGCGGCUCAGCUCUGACAGCGGCUACAUCAUUCCCCUCCCUGACCUGGACCCUAUAUCUGAUGAUGAAUAUGGAAAGAGGAACAGACACAGCUCUCAGACGUCCGAGGAGAGCGCCAUUGAGACGGGCUCCAGCAGCUCCACUUUUGCAAAGCGUGAGGGUGAGACUCUGGAGGACAUCACACUCCUGGAUGAGAUGUGUCUGGACUGUAGUGACCUCGUGGAGGACAGCUUCCUGUGACCCCUGCCCAGCCUGUAGAGCGAAAGCAGCAAGGAAGAGGAAUGAGAGGACGUGGGAAACUAGAGAAAGACCUGUAAAUCAACCAAAGACUUUGUUGUCUACCCUCUAGCCCCAUCAGUACUCCUCCUGGACCGCCCUUUCAGAGUACAGAACAAAACCACUUCACUGUCUGGAUGAGUCUGUGGUGAUAGUACGGUACGCCCCUUCCUUCUCCCUGGACACUGCCCCCUAUUGGGCUGGAGGAGUGAGUGAGCAGUGACGAAAGCAAGACCUCAAGGACUAAAACAGCCACUGAGCCCAAGUAUCGGACCUAUGUAGUGACAAAUGUAACUGAGAACAGAUUAAAAAAAAGAUUGUCUUUUUAAUUUGCAGAGCUUUAUUUUAUCGGGCAUUCUUUUUAACAGCAAUAUAAGCAAGAAGGGAAGAAACAAACAUGUCUAAAUGAACACCACAGGAUGUCAAUCAGCCAUAUUUAACCACUACAGAUGCACUAUUUAAACUAGAUGAGUCCAAUACUAGCAACAGCAUUGGCAGGUCAACUCACCUCACCUGCUGCAAGAGAAGCACCUGAUGCUGGCACAAUCAGUAGCAAUACUCGGAUUUAAAAGCACAAAAUCUGGACUACGUGCAUUUUUUUGGUUUUAUUUUUUUUGUUAUAUGACCAUAUGACCAUCUAAUGUUUUCAAUGGCUAAAUAAGUGCAGUUUAUUUUUUUACUUUGUCAUUAUGUAAACAUGUAUUUUUUUGUGAAUACCAAGUAGAUAUUGACCAUAGCUGUUGAAUGGUGACGAGAAUUGAGCUUUUGAGUCGCAGGCGGUGUCUCACUUUUUGCCCAAAUACAACAUAAUGUUCUCCGAAGUCAUUCCAGAUAAAACUUCAAUCUUAGUAAAAAUGAAGUGUGAUUGUAAUGUAAAUAGCUCCAGAGUUGUUUUAUAAGAGAGAAUAAAUGGGAUAACACUCAUGUAUUUUAUAUAAGCACAACCCCCCCCCCCCCAUAUAUUUCCACAACAGGAAUGACACGGAAAUAUUUGCUAUCAUUUGCUAUCAUAGUGGACAGAAUACAGUUUUUGACAAUAGUUGUGGAGUACAUCGCAUGAGAAAUAUUCAUAUUUGAUCAUGUUUUUAAUAAGUGACACGGGUGGUAUUAAUCAAUGUACCCACUACAAAAAAUGGGAAGCAUAAAAUAAAAGGGAUCACAGUGAAACACAGUUCAUCAUGUUGUCAGUAAACAUGAAAUUAGGGCCAAAAAACAAACAAAACCAUAAUUAUAUCCAAUGGCUGUGCUUUACAAGCAGGUUAUGUCCUCCAGUCUCAUAUUUGUAUCUGUUGUCCUCACGUCUAUUAGCAGGUUCUAGUUAUACUAAGACACUAGAUAUAGGACUAGAGAUUCGUGUUGAUCUGAUGUCAUACAUCAAUUAUGUGUAGUCUUCUGUUAUCUUGUAGCUACUGUACCAGCUGUACCACUGCCUCUGACUCUUUCUGUUGACUGUGAUAUAAUCUGCAAUCAAUUGUUGCACUUUCCUUUUGUCCCAGUUUUGUUUUGGACGUUGCAGAGUAGUUAGCCUGCUUUGGCUUUAGAUGACUCCCUGUUUAAAGCAGCGUGGAUGUGAAUGUUGUGGAUGUGCCGCAGAUAUGAGUGAUGUGUUGUUGACGGUACAGUAUCUGUAAUAAUAGGUAAUCACCCAAUAUGAUGAUUUACUGCUACGUUUCAUUAUGUUACACCAUGUACAUUCAGAUGAUUUAUAUUUCAAUAAAUGAUUUAUAAUGUUAAAAAAUG